GCAGACAGUAAAGCAGCCAUUCUAUCUCGAGCUCUCCCAGCAUCAGCACCACGGAAUUACGAUCAAUCUCUGUCUGCUUCUGAAACGGAGAAGAGUAUCGGUUUCAAACCUGCAGGGCGAAAUCUAGACAAGGCAACACGGAUUUCAGUGUCGAAAGGGGAAGUUGGAAGGCAAAUAACAGCUGUUGCUGUGUCAUUUUGGACACCAUGGACGCGCUAAUAAAGGGGUUCUCGAAAGCCAAGGAUGGGGUCGUGGCUGCAGCGGAGAAGACAAAGCAGGGAGUAACUGGGGCGGCUGAGAUGACAAAAGGUGGCGUUAUCUUUGUCGGCAACAAAACAAAGGAUGGAGUCACAACAGUUGCAGGUAAAACAGUGUCUGGCGUUUCCCAGGUGGGCGGAGCCAUGGUAACAGGUGUGACAGCAGUGGCUCACAAGACUGUGGAGGGGGCGGGGAAUAUUGCUGCUGCGACUGGAUUGGUCAAGAAAGACACAGCCAAACAGGAUGAAGAUGCUAUGUCUAAAGACUCACCUAUCAAGGAGUCAACAGUGGACCCAGAGGGUGGUGAUACUGCUGCAGAGAUGGGUGAGGUUCCCAUUUCCUCACAAGAAGUCCUUUGGGGUUCCAUCCACCAUCAUCAUGAUCCAUCAGCACUAUGAGGAUUCCGAUGGCUAUUAGAAGUACAGCACUGUCAAGUGCCUCAUCUGUAACAAUCCAGAAUCAACUAUCAAAACAUUCCACGUCACCCUGCCAAGUCCAGUUGUGCCUCGUUGUGUUCCUUAAUGGAGUCUGUACCAUGUGUGUGUGUAUGACUCUGUGUGUGUAUCUAUUAGUGUGUGUGUAACGUGUGUAUGGGUGUGUCUUAAUGCUUAGUGGGUGUACGCCAGUGUGUGUGUGUGUGUGUGUGUGUGUGUGUGUGUGUGUGUGUGUGUGUGUGUGUGUGUGUGUGUGUGUGUGUGUGUGUGUGUGUGUGUGUGUGUGUGUGUGUGUGUGUGCGUCCGUGUGUGUCCUGGAGUCUCCGUCAGUCAGUCCUGAGUGGGGUCUAUACGCCCAUCUUCAGUAACUCCCUCCCACUCAGGCAGCCACCUGGACACAGAAGGGACUACCUUUAUGUUCUGUCUAUCUGUCUGUGGACUUUGAAGUAAAUACAAAUACUGUAUACAGGACGGUGUCCGCCCACUCUGCUCCGAGGGUGGGAAAACGCAUGUUUUUUUGGUGAUGACAUGUCACUUCCUUAUGUUAUAAAAUAAAUUAAACCAAGACAAAUAUGAUUAUUCAUGUUCUGAAUUGUUCAGUGGAGCCUUUCUCUAACAUAUCACUAAUGAUAUCCAAGAAGUCGGAUUUCCUAACCUAAUACAGCCAAUAAUAAGCACCGCACUCUGACAUAGCAAGUUUCUCGUAACAACUUGAUGAUUUU